AUGGACAAGGUUAUUAAGGAUGUUGGCGAGAUCCAGUCCAGACUAUUGGACCACAGACCCAUUAUCAAUGCAGAGACGCGCUACUUUGUGAAAGAGUUUGAGGAGAAGCGUGGCCACAGGGAGAGUCGACUGCUGGACAAUCUCAAUAAAAGUGUGACAGAAACCAAUGAACAACUGCAGAACACGAGCUCUGAGGACAUAAAGCAGCAGCUGUCUGACGUCAUUGCACGUUUGGGAGCUGCAAAUCACGUGGCGCAGAGAAUCCAGCAGAGGGAGCUAGAAGAGCAGCAGGGCAAACAGCUGCAGCAGAAUAUGGAGCAUUUAAAAGAAGACUGGGCCGAGUUUUUGAAAGAGCAGCAAAGACUGAAGGAAGAGGUGGAUGAGGAACACGCAAAAUCUGUCGGAGAAAUCAGCGCUAAGUACAACGAAAUGAAGAAAGACUUGGAGAAACUAGACAUCUGA